CUAUAUAGGCAGGCCGGGGUCGGUGCUGCUGGUGUAUUCUUGCUCGGUACGCCUGCACGUUGCCAGCAGCAGCACCCGCCCGGAUCCAAGAUAGCAAGCAAGAUGAAGUUCAUGCCGGUUGUCUUCCUGGUGGUUGUGGACUGUCUUGCCCUGGCAUGGGGCCAACUGCAGGCACCGACCGAUGCGGGCGCUGGACGCUGGAAGCCAGCAGGAAGCGGUGGUACGGCAGGGACGGCCGGGGCGGAUCCCGUCCUCACGCAGGAACAGCGGCUGGUCGAGCGCAACAAUGAGGCCCUCAAGACAGCCAUUGGGAGGGCCUUCCCGGUCACGACACCCGCCGAGUACCAGCCGCUGGUGCUGGAGCUGUACGUCCGGUGCCAGGCCGAGCUGGACGGGUGCGCCGAGUUGCUGUGGGCGACGGGGUUACAGCGGGAGUACCGGCUGUGUGCGACCACCCAGCGCCAGAUUUGUGCCCAGCAAAUCCAGGAGCUGCAGGCGGAACUGGCAGCCAUCACCGAGGCGGCCAACCGGCCGUCGGCGGUCGAGCUGUCGCCGGAGGAGGAAGCCAUCCUUUCGCUGCUGGGCCAGUAGCGGAGUUUGGUCGCUUAAAAGGUUUUUACCACCCCCCCCCCCCCUCCCACCCUCC